UUGUUGGGUUUUGGUGUUAAGGUGAUGCUGACUUCAUAGAAGGACCUGGAAAUAAUUACCACUUUUUCUAUUCUCUGGAAUAAGUUUGUUAUUUCUUCCUUAAAUGUUUGGUAGAUACAAAUAUUGGUUCCAGGAGUAAGGUGCUGCCAUACCAACAUCAAUACAUUCCAAAUUAUGUGACAUUAACAUCCAGUCUGGCAGCAUGAAAUUGUUAUUGGAGACUUGGACAGUCAGCAAUCCAUGUUACCAAAAAAAUGUAUAAAAGUAUAGUCUAGAAUAGCUUAAAAGGCAUAUUACAUACCUAAUGAGCUUGUACUUUAUACAAAGAGGUAGAAAAUGACUGUUAUUAGAAUGUGUUCAUUUCUACUGGCUGCAUUUGCCAAGGUACUACAAGAAUUAAAGGAGCUCAGAAAAUAUUUGGCUGGUUUGCAAGCAGGAAUGAAAAGGAAAUCAGAGACAACCAAAAAACUCAGGGUUUUGCAAGCUUGGAAGGUGCAACUGAUUCACAUGUUCAACUAGUUAAGAAGCAACAGAGAAGUCCUUUGAGCAAAAAAGUCUGCUUAAAACUCUGCCUAGCGGCAAAGACCAAGUCAGGAAGAGUAUGGUUGUCACACCAUUGUUAGGAUCUCUGAAUGGAAUAAGGUGGUAGCCAGCAAACACUUUCACGCUGGGAAAAUAUCUCAAAGAGGGGAGACUUAGGGUUUGGCUCUUCCUAAGGAAAGUCUGAUAGGCUCAAACUACUUGCAAUUAAAUUGAGAGAGAGAGAGAGAGACAAGUCUCUAAACAAUUGUGGCACAUAGCACUGCUUGGAAUCAAAUAACUUGAGAUAGAUAUUGAGAAAGCCAUUUUGUCAAAGGAGUUACCUACACGGUAUAAAAGAGAAUGUGAUUGUUUGAGACUAAAAAUGAUAACUGGGUUCCAGCCUUCUACAGCAGGAUCUCAGAACUGCUACAGAUUAACUCUUUUAUAUAUCGUUCUUCUCCUUUACAAAUGGGAAUACUUAUUGUAGUUAUCCUUUUCCUGUUCUACCAUUAUAUAUAUUGUGUGUAGGAGCUGGUACCAGAUAGCUUAUCUUUUUAGUUCAGAGUUCUCUAGAUCAAGAGUAGGUAUAUCUGGGUCUGUAGAGGCUGUUAUGAAUCAUUUCUAUCUCCUGGGGUCUAAGCUCAAAAUACUGAUGAGAUCGAACUUUGGGGUUGUCUGCUUUAAGGCGUGGAUGAGUGUGUUCUGCACGUGGGAAUGGAAGGGAACUGAUCCAAAGGGUGAACUGUGGUAGAUUGUAUUACUGUCUGCGCUCUUGUGUAAUCCUCUCCCCUUGAGUAUGGGCCAGACGUAGUGACUUGCUUUUACCUAAUAGAACAGAGCAAAAGUGAUGGGAUACCAAUUCUGAGGUUAGGUUACAAAGAGACUGUGGCUUCCCUCUUGUGUGCCCUCUCUUGCUUUUUCAUUUGCUUCCUCUGAUGGAAGCCAGCUGCCAUGUGAACUGCCCUAUGGAGAAGCCCAUCUGGCAAGGAAAGCAAAGGAUUCCUCCACCCAACAGUCCACGAGCAACUGAAUCCUGGUCACAGCCACAUGAAUGAGCUUCAGAUCCUUCAGAUGGGGCUGGAGACCUGGCCAACACAAUGAUAGCAGCCUAUGGGAGAUUUUGAAGGAGAGGUACCUGGACUGGUAUCCUUAUAAGAAGAAGAAGAAGAGAUACCAGAGCGCCUCCUGCACCCCACCCCGUGUGUGCUCAGAAUGAAGGCCUUGUGAGAACACAGCAGGAAGACUGCUGCCUGCACGGUAGGAAGCGAGGCCUCACCAGAAACAACAUGCUGAUCUUGGACUUUCGGCCUCCAGAACUGUGUGGACGAAAAUAAUUUGCUGAGAUGUCAGCUGGGAAUUCUCCCAGGGAAAGCUUGGAAAUGGAGAGCUUCCACACAAGAUUCAGUGCCUGGACACCUUUUAGCAACAAGUCAUUAAACUGACAGGAAAAUGUCAUUUUCUCUCCCUUAUCGCUCUUUCAGGAAAGAGUUGCUCUUAUAAGUCAUUGAUUUGACCUCUGGACUAACAAGCAACAUCAAGAAUUCUUAUUCACGAUUUUUUUAUGAUGCACUAAAUUACAAUUAAGGGUUGUCCAAGACUGGUUUUCAGAAAGGAUGCAAGUGGCCAAAGUGGAUUUUCUACCACGCUUCAUUUCUCUAUGCAUCUUCUCCUUCCCAAAAGAUUUGUGCAGCUGGCCCUGGAAAUUUUUAACUGAACAGGAUUGCUUAUGGAUGCCCAAAUGCAUGAAGUUUGGAUGGUUUCUGCCCUAUACACUAACAGAUAAUGAGUAUGGUGCUUGGAAGCACCAUUACAGCUGUGUGUCCAACCUAGAUUGGCUAACCCCUAGGGAAGCCGCAGCUCUUUAUGGGACCCUGAAUGAACCCAAAACAGAAGAUGAGCAACUACAGGAGAGGCAAAGAGAAAAGUGCCUAAGGAAAAUAAUUUGGGAGAAAGUUGCACUACGUAAGAAGAAUUUGUUCAAAGUUCGACCCCCUUGGGUGAAUGGAACAUGCUGCUCUAGAUUGUUCGAAUCCAAAUGCCAACCACGUCUCUCCCAAACUGUGAGGGAUCGAGUGGGAUUACAGGACACUUUGGAGAAACAGCUUGUUUUUGCAUCUUUAGAAGCUUUGCCCAAGCGAAGCAAUGUUUUUGGAUGCCAUUCCUACCCUUUAUUAUCAAAGAAAAAUUGGCAUGGAGUUUAUAAAAAUGACAGCAGCUCUUCACAUGCUCUCCAGCCACACUUCAUGUUAAUAUCAUCUCGGAUUCCGGCAUAUGAGGUACAGAGCUAUAAAAUUGGUAUUAAAAAUUUACUGAGGCCUGAAGUGAGAGACUUCUGGGAGAAAUUAGGAAGCUAUGUGGCCCCUGGAGAAGAAGGGGGCCACGUGGACCUCUUUGUACGACUCGGAGCAUCAGAGGCAGGAACAGAAGUUCUUUCUCAGCUAUCUCAACUGACUGGCACGUUAUUGACCGCCCCCACUGGGAUUGCCACCGUCUCGUACCAACACAUUCUUAGUGACUGGCUGGGACGGCAGUGGGAAAAGGCGCCCCCUUCCACCUACUUCAGCGAAUCAAAGCUGCAGACAUGGUCCAGCCUCACCGACUUCCUGGAAGACACCUUGAAAUCAGUAAGGCAACAGCUAAGUCCUCUCUUCAAGGAGUUGCAGAAGAACGUAAGUGGCAGGAUGACAGGGCAAUUUGUAUCUGACACCAUGAGUAUGGCUAACAUUCUGAAUAACCGAGAAAUUAUACAAGCUCUGGCAAAGGGCUUGAUUGAACUUUCAAAAGAAAAUUCUGAAAGAAAUGUUAUAGAAGAUAAUCCUCAGGACACAAAAUCAAGUCUCAGCAAAAACGGUCCAAAUUUUGAGUUGCUGCUUGAGUUGUUUCUCUUAGGGGGAAAGAACCCUCCAAAUAUAACUGGGGGAAAUCCAGCCAAAAGGGUAGUAGUGGAUGAAGCAGGUGCAGACAGGCAGAGGCUUGGUCCUGUGCGACAGUGGUUUCUAGAUGACUUGAGAGACAGACUACAGGAAUGGGGCCCAGCUCACUGCGUGGGAGAAAUAUUCAUAAAGUUUGGAAGCCAGUUGAACAUAUACACCAAUUUCUUCAACAAUUACCCUGUUAUUCUGAAAACUACGGAGAAGAUUUGACAAUAUCAUGCUCACCUUUACUGCAGAGAAAUGAUACCAGCACUCCGAGCUUUCCUGAAGAGGCAUGAUAAGACCAUUGUUACAAAGAUGCUGAGCCUUCCAGAGCUGCUUUUGCACCCAUCCCGAAGGUCUGAAGAAUAUAUUCAUCUUCUCUACGCUCUGAGGCUUCACACUUCUGCAGAACAUGUUGACCACGGACGGGACUCGACCACUGCAAUUGAAGUAAUCAAGAAAUACAAAGGUUACAUAGAUCAGAUGAAGCAGAACAUCAAUAUGAAAGAUCAGCUGUCAGAUAGAAUCAUCUGUGGGUGCCCGACUCUAUCAGAAGUAAACAGAUAUCUGAUUAGGGUCCAAGAUGUAGCCCAACUUCACUGCUGUGAUGAAGAACUAAGUUUCUCUUUAAGGCUCUAUGAACAUACCUGUGAUCUCAGUCUUUUCCUCUUCAACGAUGCACUGCUUGUUUCUAGUGGGGGCACGUCUCAUACUCCGUUUGAAAGGACUUCAAAAUCAACCUACCAGUUCAUUGCAUCAGUGGCCCUUCACAGACUACUCAUAGAAGAUAUUCCAGAUUCCAAAUAUAUCAAGAAUGCAUUUAUUCUUCAAGGUCCAAAACAUGAAUGGAUUUGUGCUACAGAAGUUGAGGAUGAUAAAUUCCUGUGGUUGUCAGUACUCCAAAAUGCCAUCGAAAGUAGUAUGGAAAAGUGAGACUGGACUUAAAACACUGGGAGUUCCAACCUGCCCUGGCAAAGACAGACAGCAUGUUAUUUUCUGUUCCAGAAGAUCCAGUAAGGAGCAGAAUGAUUAUUUGUCAUGGAUGAUGGGAGGAUGAACUAGGAUGACCCAUAAAGCUCUUCCUAACUUUUAAACUUCAUCAUCUAUGCUCAAUUAUGUGAAAGGCACAGUAAGAAAAAUUUGAGUACGAUAUUUUGAACCACUUCUUUUGGUAGUUAUUUUUCAUGAACAGUAUUAUUUAGAGUAAUGUGACUGACAGAACCUAAGACUGAAUAAGGAUAUUGGGUAUUUAAAGUUUUGUUUUCUGAUCUAAUGAAAAAUAAAGUCGUAAUGAAAAGUGUUUCUUAAA